CCAGAGUUGAACGAGAGUCAUCUAAAAAGAUGGCCACGAAAAUCUAGUCAAUAACCAUGAAUUUUGUAGAAAUCUCGGACUAUAUUAAACAAAAAUAAUAGAGGAACCUUCCUAUUUCAGGCUUGGGAGCUUUUGAGCUCGUACAAAUGUCUUUGGAAGGUGGAAGUCGUCGUGUUUCGCGAGCUGGCGGACUGGUGGUUCGACCACAACCGAUUAGCGACAAGUCUUAUGUGGAGAGUGUGGUAAGCUUUCUACACGACGUUGUACCUCAAGUCCAGGCUGUUACUGGAAGCCAAAGAACAGAGGACAAAGAAAGAGUUUUGUGGAUGAAAUUUGAGAAGACAGAUAUUGAAGAUGAAUGUUGCCACAAGGAAAAUGAUUGCAGUACUGCUUGCCCCAUCCUUCUUGUCUUGGGCUACACAAAUGGCUUCCAAAUAUGGACAAUUCCAUCCAUUGGUGAUGCUCAUGAGGUACUGUCACUGCGUCAAGGUCCUGUCAGGCUCGUCAAGAUGGUACAAACACCAAAAAACCAAGGAAAGAAAGAUGAAUUUGCUGCCAGUAGACCACUUUUUGCCAUUUGUGAUGCUGCAAGCCCUUCACUGCCUUUUUCUACCGUCAAUUUGUGGUCCUUAACUACUGGAGAACAAGUUCAUUCCAUUGGUUUUAAGACAGAGGUUCAUGACAUCCUUAGCAAUAAAAGGUUGAUGGUUGUGGCUUUGCAGGAGAAGAUUGCAGCAUUUGAUGCUUGUUCAAUGGCUAGUCUUUUUUGUAUCAUGAGUUGUUUUCCUGCUCCAAGUCCAAACUUGAACCCACUUGCUCUUGGUGAAAGAUGGCUUGCUUAUGCUGACUGCAAGCUUGUACCUAACCAUCAAUCCUGUGGGGGGAUGUCUAGUGAUAAUGCGCAGUCAUAUGCAGCCACUGUCAUUAAUGCUGCCAAGACUUUGACAAGAGGACUUACUAUGUUUGGUGAAACGGUUGGUCGUUGGACGUCAUCGUAUCCMAAUGAGAUUGCUAAUGACCACACAACACAUAAGGGUAAAGUGGUGGUGCCAGGAAUAGUCACAAUCGUUGAUAUUCCAGCUGUUGGUUGUGGAGAGGCAAAUCGUACAUUCUGUGUCCAGGAAGACGACCACGAAGGAAACGGAAUUGUUGCUCAUUUUCCAGCGCAUGCAGGACAGCCUGUAUCGGCGAUGGCUUUCGAUCCAAGGUAUUCUGUAGGCAACCAGUUGUGA